CGGGAACAAUCGCAAGCUGUGUGGGGAGAACCCUCCGACAUUUCGUAAGUGUGCAUUCCCUCAUCCUCGCAUUGCACCACGAACAAGAUGAACCCCGCGUCGCAGUCCCCCUUUGAUUCACCGACGAGUCAGACGAAGACUGCUGGCGCCCUGCACCCCAGCGUCGAAUAUGGGCUCGCGAACAUGAUCUUAGGGAACGAUGGCCCCGAAAUCAAGUUCUACGCGUACACGCACAAGAGCAAAGGAUCCGUCCGCAGGCUGAAGGCGCUCUUUGCCAAAAAGGAAUGGAUGAUGGGGCACUCGGAGCUGUUGGACGACUAUCUGGAGGGGAUCACUGGAAACAAAGCGGCCACCGGAUUCAAGGAGGCACGCAUCGUCCCGUUGGAGGACCACACGCCGGAUGCGGACGAGAGGGUGUUCACGCAGUAUCAUUACAUGUCCGACAGCGACCUCGAGGAGGAGGAGGAAGAGUCGUUUCAGAGGGAAGAAGCAUGCACUACUGAAUCGGAUGGACAGAAUCGAAUGGUGUCCGGGGCAGAUGACGACGCCAGACUCAACCAAACCAGUGCAGCAGGCUCCUCGCGAGCGGUCCAGGAAAAGGUGCUCGAGCAGAGCAGGCGAAUAGGACAUGCCGUCAUUCUCAAAGGACAUGCCUUUCGAACCUGGACCGCAUUCAUCUUUUAUCUGUACACGGACCAGAUAUGCUUCUCCGGCACGAAAGCCCCGGUGAGACGCACGCGGGUGCCUGCGUGUUCCGCCAAGUCCAUGUACCUCCUGGCUGACCAGUUCGGUCUGCCCGAGCUCAAAAGUCUGGCUUUUGCGACACUCUGCACCCAGCUAUCAACCAAAACGAUCGUCAAAGAAGUCUUCUCACAUUUCACAUCAUGGCACCCGGAGAUCCAGGAUAUCCAACUUGAUUUCCUGUUCGAACAUCUCCCCGAGGUGAAGCAGGACAUGGAUCGGAUGCUGCACUCAAUCUGCACCACCCCGAGCGCGCACUGCUCAGUCGUCCUGCAGAAGGUCUUUGGGCGGUCGACGUCCGCGGCAGCGAGAACGAAAAAGAGGGAGGGCAAGAUCAGCAGCGUCAUCACGCCGGUGAUAUCUCCUCCAGAAUCUGCAGCCGCUUCUGCAGAAACAACCGCAGCACCAGCACCACAGCCCGCGGUUGCACCCGGGCCGCCGUCCAUUCCACAACAGGCUAACCAGGUGCCUCGUCCGGCUGACGCUGUGGCUCAGCCUAUCACACCGGCACCUCUCCCGGCUGCUAUUUUGCCGCUACAAGCCGUCGCAGUGGCUCAGGCGUCUCCGGCGGUGGCGGCAGCACGAUCUGAAUCCACGGCGAAGGUCGCAAAAGCCCAGUCGUUGAGCUCAAAGAAAACGAUUCGAGAAAACGGAACUAACGCCAAGUUCCAAUGGUAG